CAAUAAACAAUAUGGCCACCUCAGCUGUUUUCUAGCCACAUAGAUGUUGUGCUGAAAAGGCUUAAAUUGAAGAGGUUUAUUGAAACAUAGGCUUGCUCUUCUAACCCGUAAGACUGUUAACAACAUGAAGCACGUAGAUGAAGAGUCGGCACAAAAGUUAACCGUGAGGAGACUUUUUCUAACGCGUGGGAAGCUGAAAGCGUCUAGUCGCACCUCGGCUCUGAUGUCAGGGUUUGCAAUGGUAACAAAUUUUUCCUGUUUUGUUUUGUUUUGUUUUUUUUUUUUCAAGGAAUAAACAAUUGUAGCCGCAAUUUUCUAAAGAAUGAAAACUCCAAUCCUUUGAAAAGUCCGCCAUCCUUAAAAGAAAAAAUGGCCCUUACAGAAAAGAUUGUUUACUCGUUCAAUUUACAAGUUUGCUUGUGUUUACUCUAAAAAUUUAGACACAGUAGCUUGAUGUUUGAAGCUAAAGUUAAGCUUAUAAAUGCAGGGUAAAAGCGUUGUUUAACUUAAAUAGUAAAAUUUACGCUUAAUAUUUUAAUGACAGGCUUACUUUAAGUUAAUGUAAGUUCUCUUAUUGUUUUAUCAAUGACUUCGACGUCGUAUUCAAAGCAAUUUGGUGUACAACAUUCCAGCGUUUCGCGAAUAUUAUGCAAGGUACAACAAAAUCUAGGCUCGAUUAUUAGUCACUGUUCAGCCAAAAAAAAACUGGAAUAAUGCCAUGAUCGAUCUGGAAAUUGACUUUCCGCUCCAGUAUAACCCAAACAUUUGCCUGUUUUCGACCUUGUUUUGCUGAUGGGCCUGGCUCAGGCCUUUUUUUUCUUAAAAAGGGUGGGAAUGAUCACAGGCGAGGAUGCCUAUAUACCGAGCAAGGACUUGAUGCAGGCUCGGUUUGUCAAUCCUGCCUUUUGGGUAUCAAAAUAUCAAAAGCUACCAACCAAUAUUUUUCUAGACACAUUAUUUUCAACUACUUAGCUCAAUUCUUUGGCUCUCUGGUGCCCAAAUCUGUGCCUAGUUUUGAUGAAAAAUUUUCUUUGAUGAUGUCGGUGCUAGUUAAACUGUUUACUUACAAACUCUUUAUUUGCAGAUAGCAAUGGUUGAAAUUCAACUAGAAAAGGAUAUUCCACAAGGAUUAUUGAUAGCAUUUAGCGUGAUGACCACAAUUCUCAUCUCAGUGCAUGUCUUUGCACUUAUGAUAUCUGUCUGCAUUCUGCCAAACAUUGAUGGAGUGGCAAAUAUCCACCAACAAGGUACACAAGUAGUUCGAGAUUCACCACAUGAAAAACUCCACAUCCACAUUGAGAUUGCAUGGAUUUUCUCAACAGGGCUGGGAACGCUUCUUUUCUUAGCAGAGAUUGCAAUACUCUGUUGGGUUAAGUUCUACACCUACAGCAAAACUGCAGCUUUGGCAGCAUCUGUGGUGUUGGUUCCAGUGUGUAUUGUGUUUGUGUGGUUUGCUAUUCAUUUUUACCGAUCUCUUGUUCAACAUAAGUAUGAAAGGUCUUUCCAGGGAAUUGAAGAACUUCAACAGAUUGCAAAUCAGUUACACACUGAUGCAGGAACGUCACCAAGUACACCAACUCCUAGUCCUAUUCCCAAUAACAGAGCUUAAAAGCACAGUUUUUAAGAUUUUGAAAAUAAUAAUAAAUAUAGCAAUUAAUGGAUAAGGCUGAAUAUGAUAUGAAGAAUUAUUCAUCAUCUGAAAGCUGGGGUCAAUUGAAAACAACUAUUUCUAUUGUCAUUUACAAGUGAAGCUAUUGUUUUUAGACUCUUAAACCAUAAUGCACACACUCAUAAAAGUUUUAUUAAAUAAUUGACCCUUGAAUCCAAUAAUGUUGUAUUAUUCAUUCAAAAUAUUUCCAAGAGAAUGUAAAACAUGCUUACCUCGAUCUACAUAAAGUUCCCAUCUUUCCAUAGCAGUUUGAGGACAUGAAGGGAUGCUUAUUCCAGCAGAAUAAUAAAAUAGUGUUUGUCGUCCAUCACUAUUAUUGGUAGUUUUGCUAUUUUUGCAAUGUUUUUCUGCAGUAGUUUGGCUACUUCUUCACUUAACACGCAAAAUCUCCCCCAUUUUCUCCAGCUGUGCCAAAACAGCUUAGCUACCACACCUUCUGCUAUCCUUUUUCUGUCAAUGUCAGUACACUUUUCUUGUCACCUGUAUCGAUGUCACCGAGCAUCUGCCAAAUUUGGUCGAUGCUAGCUGGUUAUGAAAACUUUGCUGAGGAUUCAAAGUCGAUCAGAAACAGAGAAACUUUUGAAUUGAUUAUAAAUUACUGUAAACUGUUGCUUAUACGGCCCCUCAACUUAUAAGCCCUCCCCUCAGUUAUAGGCCCAUCUACCUGGAAACCAAAAAAUACAUCCAUUACAAGCCCCCCCGGAUAUAAGAUAGGUCUCCCCACUUAUAAG